UAUGCAAACUUACGAGCACAACUGUAAAUCCAAAGAUGUAUAUACAACUAAAUUGUUGCACGCAAAAACAGAACGUUGAUGCUUUCACUACAUCUCAAACAGUACUUCAUCUAAGAAUUGUUUCAAACUCCACUCAAGUCACCCCAAGGGAAACAUACCAAUCAGGGGCUGAUGGUGCCAAGUGGCACUCUAUUUCUUCCUUAUUCUAUGCACUACUUUGGACAAGGCGGCUGCACAGCUGAAAAUAACAAGUUUUGCCCCACAUUUCUCUGCAAUAGCCCCUGCUGCCAUGAGUCGUUCCAGCAAGGUGUGUGCACCUGCAGAUAUGAGGUCCCUAUAAAGCCCAGAGUCUGGGGGCACCCAAGCUGCCGUGGCUGUCACUAACAUCACACUAUGCUGCCCGCCGUCGUGAAGCUCUGCUGUGGAAUCUCUUACCCUCACCUCAGAACAAUGGCAGGACUACAACGGCCGGCCAUCUCAGCGCUCGGCCAGGAGGUGGCUCACAGACAGAGGAGUGGGCAGAUCCGGCUGCCAGCAUGGGUCAGCCACGUGGGUUGGCAGAUUGGCACACCACAGCCUCAACUCACUGAGAGCGGGAAAAGGGAGGACUCCAGACCAAGUCCAUUAGAUGAGGAGGAGCUGAUGUGCAUUAGACAGGGACAGGAGGCGCUGACCAAAGCUCUGGACAUCCUGGGGAACCAGAAUGGAUGGAAAACAGAACUUACUGAGGUGAAUGGGGAUGUUAUAUACAGCAAGGUGUUAUCGGGAGGCAGGAAGGUCUUCAGACUGGAGACUGUGUUUGACGCCACUCCAGAAGAGAUUCAUCGAGUCCUGUGGAAGGUCGAGGAGAUGCCUCAGUGGAACCCAAGCAUAAAAAACAUAAAGGUUCUAAAGCAAGCUGGCCCAGAAACUAUGGUGACGCAUGAGGUGUCAGCCGAGACAGCAGGCAACCUGAUUGGCCAGAGAGACUUUCUGAGUGUCAGACACUUCUGCAGACAGGAUUCAUGUAUUUACCUGGGGGGAGCGGCCACGCACCUAGAAGUCUUUCCUCCUCAGAAAGGCUUUGUCAGAGCUGAAGACGGUCCGACAGGUAUUGUCAUCGAGCCUCUGGACAGCGACACUGGCAGGAGUCGCUUCACCUGGCUGUUGAACAUGGAUGUCAAGGGCUGGCUGCCAAAGUCGAUCGUCAAUCAAGCGUUGCCUCGAGCGCAGGUUGACUUUAUCCGCCACCUGCGCAGACGGCUGGCGGAGGGAUCUACCCCGCGAUGAGGAGCACGCGAGCCAUCUACGCUGACAAACAGCGCCUUGCUGUCACUCGGAGACAGACAAACGCUUCUGCAGGCUGAUCCUGGCCUUUUAGUAGUGGUCCAGACACCCAGAGGAGAGCUGCCACCGCAGUGAAGACGUCAGUCUGGCCUCUCUUCGGUGACUGGACGUGUGACGUGCGCGCACUUGCACUCAUACACGCCGGCCUGGCUAAGAGAAUGAGCCGAGCUCAUAAUAGGAAUUCGUUAAUAUACUGCACCACACAAACCUCAUGACUAUAUGUCUUUCUGUUACUGCUGAAAUUAAUUACAGAAGAAAUGCCUUGAAUUUUACAACCAAACUCAAAGGUCUGUGAUACGGUGCAUUUCC